CGCACGCUUCAUUAGCCAAUCAGAUGCGUUGAGAAUCUCUCAGUAAGAUUUUCUGUUCAAUCUGUGAUUUAGAUAAGACCGGGUCGUAUUAGGGCCUGUAGGGUAUUAUCCCGUUUAUUUAUUACAUAUCUAUACACAUUUAAAGGUUGUAUAAUACCUUCGGAAUUUUAGUGCUGUAGAAAUAGGUGGAAAUAUGUAACAUCCAUUCGUAGAAUUUAGGUCGGAUUUUUUUAACAUUUACCUACGGUGUGGAACUUAUUUUCUAUAUUUUGUGUUUGUAUAGAUUACUUGAUUUUUCAAGAGAGGAUGAUAACUUUAUUACCUGAUAAGAUGUCCAGAAUAAUCGAAGUAUUUCUCUUUCUUUGUGUUAGUUUAAGUUGUGUUAAUUCUAUACCCAUCCGACUAUUUUAUCCGUACGGAAAUCUUCGCGGAGAUACCGAUCUUAAAGGGGAUGAUAGCAGCUCCCCAGAAAUCCAACUACAGACGCCAGUGCACUUCUACGAAAAAUUUUACACGAGCCUCUUUGUGAGUACCAAUGGUCUUAUUUCAUUCGGGUCGGAGUUCCCUCGGUACCAACCGGACAUGGUUCUGCCUCUAGGGUUGAAAGAAAUUAAGAUUAUAGCUGCUUUCUUUGCUGACAUGGACAUCGAUGUGGCUGGUAAUGUAUUCUACAGAGAAACUACCGAAGAAGCUCUACUACAGCGAGUUGCCGCCGAUAUUCAAGGUCAUUUUUCUGAAUUUCCAGACUUCGAACCUCUUGGUCUCUUUAUAGCAACAUGGGAUGGUGUUGGUGCUUUCAAAGGCGAUCCUAAAUCUGUUAAUACAUUCCAAAUUGUGAUAGCAUCAGAUGAGUUGAAUUCCUUCGUCAUUAUGAAUUACCUAGAAGACGGCAUUCAGUGGAUAAAGAGUGCGGGUAAAUACGCUUCCAUAAGAAGCGAUCCACCAGCACAGGCCGGGUUCGAUUCUGGUAUUGAAAAUUUGGCUUUUGCACUUCCUAAAUCUGGUACAACCGAUGUUCAAAGCCUCGCAGUUAAGUCGAACGUGAACAUUCCUGGUGUAUGGAUGUAUCAUAUCGGAAGUGCGGAAGGUGGCAACAUCCGGGAACCUGACAUCAACACAGGAGACGAGAUUAUCUUUGAGCCAGAGCUAGAUAGACAGACAUGUCAGGAAGGUGCUCGUCAGUGUCAUUCAGACGCUAUAUGUGUUGACUACUCUAGAGGUUUCUGCUGCAGCUGUGUCACACCGGCGUUUGGAAACGGGAAACACUGUGUUACUAUAGAUCAGCACCAGCGAUUGAAUGGUAAAGUUUCCGGCAGAAUAAAUGGUGUGCCAUUUGAAAACCUUGACAUGCAUGCAUUUGUCGUCACCAAGGACGGCAGAGCUUACACGGCUAUUAGCCGGGUACCAGACGAGAUAAGCUCUGAAAUGAUGACCUUGAACACAAUCGGCGGUGUUGUUGGAUGGAUGUUUGCGCUGCAAGGAGGACCGGGAGCCAAAAACGGUUUUAUGUUUACAGGUGGAGUAUUUAACAGAACAGCCCGUAUCCGAUACCAGAAUGGUGAGGAAGUUGUGAUUGAACAGAAAUAUCACGGACCCAGCGUUCUUAAUAAUAUCCGAAUGGAGACGGUUAUUAACGGAAAUGUUCCAAAACUUGAAUCUGCUGAGAAAGUCACCAUAGAUGAUUAUAGCGAGGAGUAUAGACGAGUCAGUCCAGGCGUCAUCCGGUCGUCGUCAGAUCGCACGUUUCACGUUAACAACGUUGCGUCGAGGUACACGUGGGAUCAGGUUAUAAACUACGAGGAAUGUCUCUUUGAUCCAUCCCAAAACGAGGAGGACAGCCAGCGACUUAGUGUUACCAGGAACUUUGUUAUCUAUGACUCUACUGAUCGAGUUGUUAGAUUCGCCAUGUCAAACAAAAUCCAGAGACGUACAGGAGUGGACCCUUGCUUGGACGGGGCACAGAAUUGUGACGCAAAUGCCGACUGCAUUCCGUCGGGUAAUUCUUACGUGUGCGACUGUAAAACAGGCUUCGUCGGCGACGGGAACACAUGCACAGACGUUGAUGAAUGUGACCUUGGCCUUGACACAUGUGACGACAAUGCCGUCUGCCAGAACACCCAGGGAUCGUUCACUUGUCAGUGUGACUACGGUUACCGUGGAGACGGUAUAACAUGUACACAAGUGUACGAGGGCUCAGGAGGUGAUAACGUAAGACUAUGCGGUGAUGAAACUUGUGAUGACAAUGCUCGAUGUGUGUUCAAUAGUGUCGAACAAAAACCCAUGUGUGAAUGUUUGUCUGGAUUUAGACAAGAUGAAUACGGAAGAUGUCGACCAAUACCGUUUGCGUGUAACGAGGCAGAUAUUUGUCACGACAAUGCUGACUGUGUAUAUGAUGAAUUAAGUGACAGUUACGCUUGUCAAUGUAACGAAGGUUUCAGUGGUGACGGACUCUACUGUGAAUCAACUGAAGUCGGUCAGUGUGACUGUGACCCGAAUGCAGACUGUGUGAUAGAUCCAGACCGGAUGAUUUACCGUUGUGUAUGUAAGGAAGGAUACACCGGUGAUGGCCGGUACUGUAACCGAAUCACUGAUAUAUCACGUGUUUGUGACGACUGUCAUCCGAACGCUGUAUGCCGGUAUGACCAGUCAGAGGGAAGAUACGGAUGUGUUUGUGCCCCAGGGUACCAGGGAGAUGGCACGCGCUGCGUUCCAUACAACUGCCAGGACGCGGAUAUUUGUGACGUCAACGCCAGAUGUACACAAGAUAGUUACGGCAACUAUGUUUGCGCAUGCAAAUCAGGAUAUAGAGGGGAUGGACGUCGUUGUAUUGCUGAAGGGUGCAACGCGUUGAAUAACUGUGACGCUAACGCCCAGUGUUUGCCCGACCCCAGGGAUACAAGUCGGUAUAUGUGUAGAUGUAACUCAGGGUACCAAGGGGAUGGUCUGGUUUGCAUCAGGAGAGGUGUUGACUGUCGACGAGAUACAAGAUACUGUGAUCCUAACGCUGCAUGUCUGUUGAAUGUGGACACGUUCAUCUGUGUGUGUAACCAAGGUUAUCGUGGUGACGGCAGAACUUGUCAACCUAUGCAGGAUGAGAUGAUUAUCUUCUCUUUUCACGCGGCUACUCAAUUCAUAAAAAGUUGCCUACAAACAGAAUGGCGAGGACUCCGAUGGGUCCAGAGUUUUGGUAUGUCCCAGAUUUUAGGUUUUAACUCACCAGAAGGUAUAGCUAUUGACUGGAUAUCCCGAAACAUUUACGUCACAGAUUCCGGCCUUGACAUCAUCGCUGUUGUCAGUAUCAACGGUACUAACCGAAAAACUCUCAUAUCUGAUGACCUCAUUAACCCCCGAGCUAUAGCUCUAGAUCCUUCCAGGGGCGUCAUGUAUUGGACGGACUGGUACCGAGGUAACCCAACCAUCGAGCGUUCUAACAUGGACGGAUCGGAACGUGAGGUGUUUAUUGACACAGAUCUUGGACUUCCUAACGGCCUUACUAUAGAUUACUACACACAACAGGUGUGCUGGGGAGACGCUGGCGUGAACAAAAUUGAGUGUGUACGUUCCGACGGUAUUGGUCGUCGGGUAGUCACAUCUGAUGCACCUUAUCCAUUUGACCUGACUUUCUACGGCAACACAAUUUAUUGGAGUGACUGGACCCUAAAUGGUGUUCCGAACAUAAAUCGUGAUGGGGGAGAGAGAGGGGAACCUUUGACCCUUCCUGUCGGCGGCAACGGCCGUCUAUAUGGUAUUGCUGCCGUUGGAGAAUUUUGUCCCAGAGUGACAAACGCGUGCUUGCGAAACAAUGGUGGAUGCAGAUAUCUAUGUCUACCUACGCCAAAUGGGGGCAGGACUUGCGCAUGCCCAAAUGACGUGGAUGCUGUAACGUGUUCUGAAAUUGGUUACAUUUCUAAAAAAUAAUAGAAGAGACAUUUUAUUAGUUUAUUGUGUAAGAAAAGUUGAUUGAAUGAAGUUAGUUGUAACUGUAGCAAUUCAAUUGAGAUUGUGCAAUUUUGUUCUCACAUAUAUUAAUGAUGGGCUACAAUCACUUACAUUCUUAUUUUAACCUUAUACUUGUCAAUUUUUUAUUCUACUGUUUUAGCUUAAAGUUUUAUGGUUGCAUUUUAUGGAUGAAAUUUAGGAAGAGAAACAAUUAUGGGAAAUCACUUCAAAUAACGUCCAACAUGAAACAUUUAUUUUGCCCAUGGCUGCAAAGUACUUUUUAGCAACCGUGUUUUUAAAGUUUUGUCUUAGCAAUAUUACUUUUUAUAAGGUGCAUAUUGUUUUUAGUUUAAUAUCAGCAUUUUAGUAUGAAUUUUUACUGGUCUUGUUUGCCAUUGUUGUUACCUAUGUUAAGGUUUCACUUGCUUUUAUGGGGUAUAUACAGGUUAUUGACUAUGAACCAAUGUAGCUGUUUCUAUAUGACCCAAUUAAUGUAUCUAUAAAUGAGUAAAUGAUGUGUUUUUAAAAAGAAUUCUCAUUCAUGUUGUGUUCAGCCUAAUAUUUGCUUUUUUGUAGGCCCCUGUUGCUGUAAUUUGCAUUGUUGUAACAAUAGAUGUCGUAUUGGCAGUAGGAUGUGUGUAAAAAGUAUGUUCUUUCAGCAAAUACUGCAUGAAAAUCAAAAUAUUUUAUGUCUGCUCCGAAUGACAAAAUUUACUGCAGUGAAGGACAAAUACUAAAAUAUGAUUAAUAAACUUGUAGAUUGAGGGUUUAAAAUCAAAUUUUGCAUUUCUCUAUAAAAAUUAUUGAUAUAUUUAGGAUUUUUUUUUCGUGAUUUGUAUAAAUACCCAACUAAUUCCUAAGUUGCUACCUAAAUGUUUAGCAAUUUGAAAAUAUAAAUUAAAUCAUAUAUUGCUGUAAGUGAAUGUUUGCAUAUUUGUUAUCUAGUAAACGUCUGUGUUAGUUUGAUUUACCAAAAAGAAACAUAACGAAAUCCUUGUGUUGAUAAGAUAAAACUUUUUGCACACCCUGUACUGUCUCAACCUAGGUUAUAGCUAGAUAGAUAUAAACUUUCAUAUGUUUAACUUCGAGUUUAGUUAUAGAAAAAGAACAAAAAUGUUUUGAAAAGAAAACUGGUAAACUUACAACAAUUACGUUAAAUUUUGUAAUAAAAUUAUAGAGAAGA